AUGGGUUCGACGAUUGCGGGAUUCAUCGUCGAGGCGGUCCUGCAGCGGUUAGAGUCGCUGGUCUUCCAACACUACAGACCGAAAUUCUGGGCCCGGUAUGUGGAUGACACCGUUGUUGUUAUCGACCGGGAUCAGCUGCUGACAUUCAAGGAACAUCUGAAUGCAGGCUUCCCGGGCAUACAAUUUACGAUGGAGGAGGAAGAGAACACCCUGCUCGCCUUACUGGAUAUCCUCGUAUGCCGCAAAUACUGUGGUGGACUAAAAACCAAAGUGUUCAGGAAAGCGACAAAUACGGUGCACGUACUGAACUUCAACAGCAACCACCCAAUCAGCUACAAACGCGGUUGUGUAAGGACAAGAGAGCUGAAUUACAAUACCUCCGACAGGUAUUCAAAGCCAAUGGCUAUCCGCGCAACUUCGUCGACCGGGGCAUACGCAAAAUGGACGAAAGGCCUAACAGCACGGACACCAAAGUUUGGCGAGCGCUUCCAUAUGUCAAGAACGUUUCGGAAGCUGUUGGCCGCCUUCUCGCACCACUUGGGGUUGGAGUUGCACUCAGAUCGGAGGCGACCAUCAGGCGUCUGAUAAUGAAACCAAAAGACCCGCUGCCACGGCUAGAAACGUCUGGUGUCGUUUACCGGAUCUGGUGCAGCUACGGACAAAGCAACUACGGUGGAGAAACCGGAAGACAGCCCCGAACGCGAACGACCGAACACGCUGCAGCGGUGUGGAGAAAUGAUGCCAGCUCUCAAGUUGCGGCUCAUUCGACGAGAUCCGGCCACUCAUUCAAAUUCGACGAGGCCGAAAUUAUCGCAAGAGAUGACAACCGAGUGAGCCGGGACCUGCUCGAAUCAUGGUUUACUGACCCCCAGUCCAUUAACAAGUGCAGUGACCUUUCCCUUCCAUACUCAGUGCUGAAACUUCGCCUAGGCCGAGUCAUUAGCCACGCGGUGGGCGCACAGGUGAACAUUUGUGCCAACGACAGCCUCGGUGGACCAAACGGUCGAGCAAUCAUCACACCAACAUCCAACGCACGUGAUGAGAUUGCAGCAAUUAACGACGCGAAUGUCGCCCAUCAAACAGUCAGCACACCAAGUGCCACGAUCCUGGAUGAAGGGGGAAGCCGUGAAUAUUGA